GAGAGGUGUUGAAAUGGCCUUGAGAAAGGUCUGUAUUUAUACCCUGCCACAGGCGUCCUGUGUUGUGACAUGGUGUUCCAUGUAGAGGACAAAGAGAGGAACCAGGAAACAGAGUCCAAAUGGAACCACACUGUGAUGCAGACUCUCACUCUCUUCCUCUUUCUUCAUCACUCUGACCCCUUCCACUCACAACUCUCUGACAUCAUAGCCAACGAAGAGAUGUUCGAGAAACACUUAGACCAGGUCCUCUGGCACAACAGUGAAAGAGUGACAUCAUCACUGCAAUCUCUACUUGAAAAGACACUCAAAUCUUAUCAGAAGAAAUGCUUGAAUCAGGGAAAGAUGCAGUCAGCACUGUCUGUGAUACUCAGCUCCCUUACCAGUGUGGUUAACAGUAGUAGCAGUGUUGAAUUCCGGACUGCUUGCUUGGACAAUAUGAAGGUACAGGACACUCAUCAGCUGUCCACGUCUCUUGAGCGAUCGCUUCACAACAUCACAGGAAGUCGGGUUCUUCCACUUCACAGGUGCGGCCCUAAGAAGCCUGAGAUUGGAGGUGGGCAUGGCUCUGCAGUCCAGAGACCAGAGGAGCAGGAGGAAACCUGUGUGCAGGAGGUGGGGGAGACUGACUAUCACGCUGAACUUGUGUCCUGCACCGCUAAGAGACAGGGGACAGCGCCCUCUGCUGAUGAAUCACCCUUUCUACAAGCAGAGACCCACAGAGGUGACCCAGCUACAAGAAAACCUGCUUUCCUCCUCACCCGUUUCCCAGAGCCAGCUGUGUGUAAGGAACACGCCAUCGGUAACACUCACCACAAGCAUCUCUAA